AGGGGGGAGCCUGGAAACCGCCCCGUGUCCCAUUUCCUCCUCUUGUUUUCGCUCCGGAUUCUCCAUGUUGGACCCAAACUGAGGAGCCCGGAGCUGCCACCGGGGGAUCGGGGCUGGGGGCACCGGGGGGAGCCGCCGCCCGGGCCGUCCGCCCUCCGUGUAGGCCGCCUCCCUUCCCGGCCCGGGGAGGAGACGCGAGGUGGGGGGAUGUGAGCGGCUGCGGGAGCCGGAGUCUCGGAGCCGGAGCCCGUCGGGCCCCCGCCCAGGCCCCCCAGCCCAGCCCAGCCCGCCUGCGCGCUCGCCCGCGCGCCCUCCCGCCCAGCCGGCCCGGGCCCGCGGGAUUGUUAGAUGGAACACGGCUCCAUCAUCACCCAGGCGCGGAGGGAAGACGCCCUGGUGCUCACCAAGCAAGGCCUAGUCUCCAAGUCCUCUCCUAAGAAACCACGUGGCCGGAACAUCUUCAAGGCCCUUUUCUGCUGUUUCCAUACCCAGCAUGUCGGCCAGUCAAGCUCCUCCACAGAGCUCGCAUACAAGGAGGAGACAAACACCAUUGCUAAGUCGGAUCUGUUGCAAUGUCUCCAGUACCAGUUUUAUCAGAUCCCUGGGACCUGCCUGCUCCCAGAGGUGACAGAGCAAGAUCAAGGAAGGAUCUGUGUGGUCAUCGACCUGGAUGAAACCCUUGUGCAUAGUUCCUUUAAGCCAAUCAACAAUGCUGACUUCAUAGUGCCUGUAGAGAUUGAGGGGACCACUCACCAGGUGUAUGUGCUCAAGAGGCCUUACGUUGACGAGUUCCUGAGACGGAUGGGGGAGCUCUUCGAAUGUGUCCUCUUCACUGCCAGCCUGGCCAAGUAUGCCGACCCCGUGACGGACCUCCUGGACCAGUGUGGGGUGUUCCGGGCCCGCCUGUUCCGGGAGUCCUGUGUGUUCCACCAGGGCUGCUACGUCAAGGACCUCAGCCGCCUGGGAAGGGACCUGAGGAAGACGCUCAUCCUGGACAACUCGCCUGCGUCUUACAUCUUCCACCCGGAGAAUGCAGUGCCUGUGCAGUCCUGGUUUGAUGACAUGGCAGAUACAGAGUUGCUGAACCUCAUUCCGAUCUUUGAGGAGCUGAGCGGAGCAGAUGAUGUCUACACCAGUCUUGGGCAGCUGCGGGCCCCUUAGCCUUCUUGCUUCCAAGAAAUGGCCAUCCCAGUAGGGGGCUUUUGCUACACUGUGCCUUUCUGAUCAGCCUGACGACCUAGCCGAGCAGCAGCUGGAGCAUUUGCCCAAAGGGUCUGGAAGUAGCCAGAAAACGGUGACAAGAUCUUUAGGGCAGGUUAGAAGCAGAGCAGGCAAAUCGGACCUAUCCAGAGCUGUCUGCACCCUGUGUGUGGUUCCAGGAGAGUGUGUGUGCAUGUGCUCAUACCGUGAACCAUGGCCAGGGUGUCCAGUGUUCCAGUAGGGGGAGAAGCUGGAAGAUCAAGACUCGACCCAAGUCCUUUGCCUCCUAUCCUACUGACCAGUGAGCUAUGGAGCUUUAGAGCGAUGAUAACUGUUGCAGGCUCCCUUGCCAAACCACGGCCUUCCCUCAGUGUCACAAGGCCUGUGCCAAGGAGAAAGGAGAAGCCAGAGGCUGCCUUGGUGCCUCAGACACACACCCUUGUGAAAACACAAAAUACUAGCCAGCAACUGCAGACAUACCAGGGAAGAUGAGAGCAUGUUUGCAGCACCAGUGCUCAGAAUCACCCCACCCCCCCACCUCCACCCCACCCCCUCCACCCCACCCCACCCCCACCCCUCACCCGGUCGCAUCUGGCUCCAGCAGAGUGCCUAUCACCAGGGGCCCUGCUGUGUCUCCCAGGCUCUAGCACCAAGCCAGCCUUCGCACUCCCUAGCCAUAGUCUUAACUCCCAUGGGGAAAGGAGGUCUCCUCCCUACCCAGGAAGAGGACACAGAACUGAUUUCUGUUCUUUUUAUGCUUUUUAAAACUGCCUUUGUAAACAUGGAGUGGUGGGCCUGGUUUGUGUCGGCUGAGCUGCAUUCCGGGGCCUGAUCCGCAUGUGGGAGGUGCCAGGGUACAGGGAAGCAAAUGUCCAGGGCACAGCGUGUGUCGCCCUGCUGUAGACCUGAAGUGUGGUGCGGGGAUGUCGGCUCCAAAGGACAGGAGGGUCGCUAGGCUGCCCCAGCCCUCCCGGUGCCCAGUCAGGGCUCUUCCCCUGGGCCGUCCGCCCCUGGUGGCCUGUCCUGGUUGUCGUGUCUGAUCUCACCUUCAUCCCUUUCUGGCUGUCUCUCUGCCUCUCCAGGGCCCUGGGAGAACUGCUUUCCCAGGGCCGAGGGCUACAGGUCUUGCUGUCACUGCUUUGCCAAAUGGGUAGAUGCCUCCUGCUCCGGUGGUAGCAGGGCUGAGUGGGGUCCUCCGCCCUGCACUCUGGGGGUGCCUCAAGGUCUCAAUCUUAAAGGCUUUAACAAAAGAGUGACAGGAAGGAAGCUUCCCCAGGGCAGAAGCAUUGUCACUUGGAGCACAAGGGGCCCCUGAGGCCACCUCAGCAUCACUGCCUUAAUUGAGUCCCUCCCCCCAGGGUUGGGUCCGCUUCUCCCCUCUCUCUGAGCUGGCUUGGAGUUCUUGGCCCUGUCUGUCUCUGCUUUCCCUGGAGGCAGGUGGCAGCAUCUGUCUGUUGUUUCAGGAGCCAUGCAAUGUUGUUAAGUUUCCCCACUAGGGCCUGCCUCCGUGUCCUGUCGGAUGACUGUCUGGCACCCUUCUAACGUUGUGCAGUCUUCCUACUUAGUCCAAGGCCUUGUGUUUCGAGUUGAUGUCAGAGAGCGGGACAGACUCCCCGAGCUCAUGCCAUUCCCCGCCGCAGCACCAUCUGCUGGUGCCUGUGGGUCCUGCCAGGGUGAUGGGAGAGCGCUCCAGGUGCUAGCCAGGGACACAGGAGCUUGGUUGUGGCUUCAGAUCCAGGCCCUGGUCUCACUGCCACCCUAACAUCACAGGAGAGGAUCCCCUCUCAAGGCCUGCUCUGAGGGCUAGUCCUGACUAAGCAAUAAGAGCCUCAGAGUCGAAUGCCAAGGCCCCUUUCCUGUCUGCAUCUCCAUGUUUUACCUCGCAGAGGAGGAGCCUGCGCUCAGCCCUUGCAGUUAGGCAAGGACUGGAGUCUGAUCCAUGACCAAAACCCAGAGUGGCUUCAUGGGCCAGCCCUGCUGCUUCUACCGGAAGUCCCAGCUUUCUGGGCCUCUCUGUCACCAGAAUCCUUUCUGCCACCUGUAGUCUGCUACAGAGAUGCCAUCCCCUUUCCACACCUAAAGGGGGCCUGUCCUGCUUGCUAGUUCCAUGUCUUAGAGGCAAGUGAUGGUUUGGGAGGCGUGCCACUCAGAGCUCAGGCAGGCACAGAGCAGGGCGACCCUGGGAGGGAGCCAGCCCCUCUGUCCCCGGGCUUGCCUCUGGCCUUUCCGUUGCAGACUAGUCUUCAGGAGACCACCUGGCCUGCCGUCAUCACCCACUCCAGCCAGGCCAGGGAUCUGCCCAGCUGUCAGGUUCAGCUCUUUAAGGUGCCUCUUCAGGGACACAAUGUGUCUCUCUGAUUGGGCUUCUAAAUCAAAAGCCUGAUGUUCGUGUCCCUCUUAUAGGGGGAGCUUUGGACACAGGACCAGUUUGAUAAAGGGCCAGGUAAGGGUUUCCACUCUGCACAUUGUAGAGGGGACACUGUAGGCCCAUGGGUCCCUAAAUUAAAGAGGUUGAGUGAAUUUGCCUUCAUUUAACCAGGGACCUGUUUCCCCCUGCCUCCCAAAGAUUUCUGUGUAAAUGUGGAGCCCCCUCUGUUAACAGUGGCUCAGAGAGCGUCACUAAAAGCACGGGGCUCUGCUGUUCCCUGGGAAAUGGGUCCUCGAUGGUUCCAUGCCCUGCCCUGUCCCAGAGGCCUCUUGGCAGUGCAGCCGAUCAUGGCCUGUCUGCCUCCAGCGUGUCGGCCUGGCCAAGUGAAUGAGAGCGGUAGCCUGGUUUCCCCUCUGGCUACUUGACCACGGCCACUUCUCAGUUCUUUUUUUUUUUUUUUUUUCCCAAGUACCUUUUUGUUUCAGACAGGGUUUCAUGAGUCCGGGAAGGUGUUUGAACUCACUGUCUAGCCAAGGAUGGUCUUGAACUUGUGGCCUCUGCCUCCACCUCCCGGUGCUGGUGACAACGGGGACUGCAUGUGUACUAGACAAGCACCACCAGCUCCCUUUUCUUUUUAGUAAACAUCACCAGUAAAGACAUCCAGGGAGAGAGGUGAGCAGUCUGGCCGGCUGUCCUGCCCGCUCCGGUAGUGCGGUCAGCUCCUGAGACACCCUCUCUCGGGCUGGUGAUGUCUCUGCCUGUAAUUACGCCAGGUUUGCCUAUUCUCCCUUUCAAGAUGCCAUUUGGAGGGGAGGGGUGCCCUCCCACUGUGUCUGGGCUACGGGGUCCUUGACCACCUUGCUUCAUGAUUUGAUACCUUUGUUGUAUUCAAAAACUUGAAAUGUAGGAUACCAUUAAGAGUCUGUUUAUAUUUUUGGAAUAUUUGUAUUACUUACAAUUAGUUAAUAAAGGCUGGUUUUAAAACCUU